CUUGACGCAUGCGCACAUCAUAGAAAUUACUCUGAAUUUCCUUUGUUUACAAAAAUAAAUAUUUAUCUAUUUUUGAAGCGUUAGUUUGCAGAUAUUUCCCAGACUUUUAUAAUGGGUAAAAAGCAUAAACCCAAAAAGCAUAAGUCUAAGGGAUACGAUGGGGACUAUGACGAUGAGCGGGAAGGUGGGGAGAAAGAAUCCCUGAAGAUUGUACUGAAGGUUGGUGGUACAGAUGCAGGUUCUGACGUCUCUUACUCUCAUGAUGAAAAGAAGCACAAACAUAAAAAGAAGAAGAAAAAGAAGGACAGAGACCGCCAUAGACAUACAGAGAAUGAUUCAGUAAAAGCAGAAACAGAAGAGAACAACGAGGAAGAGGAGGAUUUCUCCGUGAGUCAGGGAGAAGAAGAGGAUACGUAUGAGCCACCAUCAAAGCGAGCCCUACUUGAUAUUGAUGAUGAGAGUAACUCGAGUCAGGACAUACAGCCACGACGUAGCUCCAGACAAGUUGCUGAGGUGAAGGAAGAUACAAAAGGUGUACUUAGAGAAUGCUUGCAUUAUAUACAGAAACAUUUACAAAGGAAAGAUGUCAAUGGUUUCUUUGCAUAUCCAGUGAAUGAUGUUAUAGCCCCUGGUUACUCUUCCAUUAUCAAGGAACCAAUGGAUUUCAGCACAAUGUUAACAAAGAUUGAAAAUGAUACAUAUGAUUCCAUAAUGGACUAUAAGAAUGACUAUGUAUUGAUGUGUAACAAUGCAAUGACAUAUAACAGACCAGAGACCAUUUACUACAAGGAGGCUAAGAGAUUAUUACAGAGUGGACUCAAAAUGAUGAGUAAGGAGAAGUUACUAAUCAUGAGACGUAGCCUGGGAUUUAUGUCUAGUAUUACAAUGGAAGAGAUAGGAAUAAACCAGGAAGACAACACAGGUGCUGUCCUCGAAGAACUAAAUGCCAAGGAAAAGGAAUACGAAAUCACAGUUAAAAAUAGAGACAACAUUGGGAGAUUUGAAGCAUUCCAGGACAACAUGACACCAGAUGAGAUACUGGCUCAAGCUCAGUCAGUGGCACAAGAUGCCAGAGAUACUCUAGCGUGGAAAAAACCUAAAACCAAGUUGAGUUUUCUGAGAAAGAGAGAUGACGGGACUACCUCACUAACAGUCAUUAACUCAGACAAUGAUGGAAUUGUGGGAGAGAAUGAGAGAAUUAUCUCCCUUGGAGCACUGACAGGUAAACUAACAUCUGGCACUGGUAGUAUAGCGGGCUUCAAGGAAGACAAAAGAAAUAAAGCUAAUCAGCUGCACUACCUAACCUAUGGUCCAUUCAGUAGUCAUGCCCCCAUGUAUGAUACAUCAUUCUCUAACAUAUCAAAGGAAGAAUCAGACCUUCUCUUGUCAACAUAUGGGGAUGAGUCUGGUGUACAGUAUGCUCAAAGUGUGAUGAAGUUUGUGGAGGAUGCAGAAGAAGAUUGUACGAGGAUUGUCGACAGUCUGCUGGAUGUACUGACCAAAGGACAACAUACCUUAACCAUGAAACAAAUACAGCAGAAAAGAAAAGAAGACAAAGAGCAGUUGGAAACAUUAUCUAAGGGUAUGGGAGAGACUGAGAACCAGGCUGAGACCACUAAACCAACCGAGACGGAAAAUGAUUCUGGUGGUGAAGAGGAUGUUUUACAGCAGAGACUGGACAAGACCGCUGGACUUCUGAAAGAGCUGCAGCAGACGCAGCAUGAGAGGUUGAGUCAGAAACCCCCACCUCAUCUAGGUCAUAUUUCUGGACCAGGAGAGAAGGAAAACCAGCUUGCUGACAAAGUUACGACAGAACUGACAAAGUUGGCCAAAGAAACAAUACCACAGAAUAUCACAAGUCUCCAAGGAAUUAGAAAGGCUAUGGGUAUUUCUGUAGAAUCAGUGCAGGGAACCGAUGAAUCUCAACCAAUAGAAAUAGAGGAUGAGAAUAGCCAAUCAAAUGAUGCAACAGAAACUGUUCAGGAAAUUGAUACCAACCAAUUAGAAACAUUGACACAAAAUAAUGAUGCAGUUAAUUUUAUUGACAAUGAAUUGUUGAUGGAAACUGAUGGAACAGUAAUUGACAACUUAUGAGUUGGAGAAAAAUAGGGCAAUAUAAUGUAUGUGUUCAAAAUGUGUUUCAGAAGUAAAUUUGAUGUUGUAGUGAAGCAUAUUCCAAAAACAAAAGGACCGACAAAUCAAGCCAUCCGUUACUGUUUUUGGGUUAAGAGGGGAUUCCAGUGAGUCACUGGCAAAAAUAGUGAUAUAUAAUAUUACAUGUAUGUAGAUAUAUGAUCACAGAAAAGGAGCUGAAUAUUCAGUUUUGGACAAAGUUAUUGUGGUUACUUAUAGUGUUUUGCAUUUUAAUAAUCCUCGGUAAUAUGUGCUAGAGCAAUAAGAGACACAUUUUUAUUAUAAUGAGAUGAAAUCUCUACUGGUGAAGUGCAUGUCUGUUGUAUAACAAUGAUCUCUGACUUACAAGCUUGGUAAGAUGGAGUUGCCAGAAUUAUUGAGUCAUCAUCAUUAUUUCAUCUUCAUUGUUCAGACUUACCAUCACUCAUUACUAGUUGUUUUACAGUUAAUUAUCAGCAUUAAAGUCGAAAUUUUAUAUACAGUGAAAUCAUUAGUAUUUGUGGGGGACUAUUUUUUCUUAAAUUUUGUAGAUGCCUCAAUCAACAAAAUCAAUUCACAUUAAACAAAAGAAAAAAAAUCCUGUUAAUUUUAAAUUUCACAAAUUCAUAUUCACAAAAAAAUAGUCAUUUUGCUUAAAACCAGGAAAUGUUAUGCCCACAAAAUUACAUGAUGUCAUAGUAACUAUCAUUUAUAAUCAUUGGUACUAAAAUAUUUGUAUUGUGUUUAUGCUAGUAUGAUGUUGUUGAGAGAUUGUUUUAACAGGCAGCCUAAAUGGAUUUAGAAUGUUUGUAUAAUGUGGCAAUAUUAAAUUAGAAUUGUGCUGUAUUGCAUGUAUUUAAAUAAAUACAUUCUUAAGAAGUU